GGAUAAUAUCUACGAGGAGACAGUGCUAUUUAAAACCAGACAGAUAGAUGGGUCUGAGGGCACAAUCGGAGCUCAGGGAACGAGUCUGUGGCCAUGCACACGCGGCAGCACGCCCACAGAACCCGAUCCAUGCUGAAAUACAAUCCCCAUGCUGCCGACUGGAAAAACAACUUGAGCUCGUGCCAAGCGCGAAAAGCGCUCGCUCUCUCUCUCUCUCUCUCUCUCUCUCUCUUCUUCCUCCUGCAGCUGCUCCUCAAUGAACAUUCCUCCUCCUGCUCACCUUCCACCUGAACAGGCACAAACAUAAACUCAUGAUAUUCUAUUCUAUUCUAUUCCCAUGGCGCUCUGACGACAAGUCAGCUCGCAUCCGAAGCUCGUGGCUCGCUCUGUCUGGCAAGCCGCUCACGCUCACGCUCACGCUGCGAUGGAGUCUCACCGCUCUACGUUGCGCCUUGCAUGUGCCAACAUUGCUUGACCCUGACGCAGCUCGCAGCUCGCAGCUCGCAGGUGGAGGUGGACUCGACGAAGCAGGCACAUCGUCGCCCGCCCGCCCGCCGUUCAUGGCCCAUCAUGCUCACAAGUAAGCUGCUCCUCAGUGAUAGUACGUCCAUCGCAGCGACAGGUAGACUGAGAGAGAGAGAGAGACGCACUUCUCGUGUUCAUCGAUCAUCUCCAUCACCAUCUCCAUCGCCAUCGCCAUCGCCUGGCCGGGGAAGUAUAAGUCGCUCGCCCUCACAGCCUUCUCGAGGGCACUGCGGCAGCUACUCUCUAGUAGUUUAGUUGAGCUCGGCUCGGCUCGCCAUUGAGCAGCGGCAGCAGCUCAGAUUCAUCGAUCGGAUGGCAUGACGACUCCUGCGCGCACGGGUGCAUCAGACUCGCAUCAGAUCAGUAGACGGGCCACGGGCUCGCUCGCUAGUUAGAGCAGUUGGUGCGGCAAAUACGUACGUACCGUCGGAGAUGGAAUCCGUCGCCCGUAGAUUUAUGCUGCGGGCCUGUAUUGCCUGUAUUGCACGGGAGGUGUUGUGAUUCCAAGCACUGACAGUUCCAUUAUACGACUCGAGGAGGUGGACAAUUGCGGAAUCGCUCGCUCGCUCGCUGCACGAGAACGAAGACGAAUCUGUUUCGAGCUCACGAAGGCCGCGAUGGAUCGCUGGAGACUGACUGAGAUCGAGGUGCCGGGUACGGUCUCAAUCGUGUAAUUCGCGCAGAAUUCGGAUCCCGACGAAGAAUCCUGCAGAAGGACGAAGAGGACGACGAGGACGACGAGGACGACGACGAGAUAGCUAGACAGAGGACGUGGGCGGGGGUCAUGGCGACCGGCACGCCGUCGUCGGACAGCAGAGGGGUAGGACUGGGAGCGGGACUGGGAGCGGGAGCGGGGCAUGGAAGGGACGGCAGCGACGGGGAGGACGAGGAAGCGGUGUGGGAGGAGGUCGUCGUGAACGGCAGCCGGAAUGGCAGCGUCGAGGAGAUGGCGCAGGAUGUGCUGCGCACCAUCUUCAAAGUCAAGAGCCCCGAGGAGGACAAUGCGCUCUUCCUCAGCCGCCUCCGCAGCCGCCUCGACAAGGCAGGUGUGAGAUUGCCGACGGUAGAAGUGCGCUACGAGAAUUACUCCGUCAAGGGCUACACGCACAUGGGCAAGCGGGCCCUGCCCACUCUUCGCAAUGCGGCUGUGAACGCCAUGGAGAGCUGCCUGGCUUGUCUUCGCAUUCCCGGAACGAGGAGGACGAAGUUUCACAUUCUAAGCGAAGUGAGUGGAAUCAUCAAACCCGGCAGAAUGACGCUGGUGCUUGGUCCUCCUGGCUCAGGCAAGACCACAUUUCUACUUUCUCUGUCUGGACAGCUGGACCCGACAUUGAAGGCGAGUGGGAAAAUCACCUACAAUGGACAUGAGUUGCACGAGUUCGAGCCUCGGAAGACUGCCGCAUACAUCAGUCAAGAGGAUUUACACGUCGGGGAGCUGACAGUGCGAGAAACUCUCCUGUACUCUGCCAAAUGUCAGGGAGUUGGACCCUUCAGUGAGAUGCUGGCGGAGCUUCUCCAAAAGGAGCAGCAGAUGAAUAUACGCCCUGACCCAGAAGUCGACAUGUACAUGAAAGCGAGAGCAACACCAGGAUUAGCCAGUCAUGUUCUCACAGAAUACGCCUUGAAGAUUCUGGGCCUGGACUCGUGCGCCGACACAUUGGUAGGUGAUUACAUGAGACGUGGAAUCUCCGGAGGACAGAAGAAAAGGGUGACCACGGGGGAGAUGAUGGUUGGCCCAGCCAAGACGUUCUUCAUGGACGAAAUUUCCACUGGCCUCGACAGCUCGACUACACGACAGAUCGUAGCUUGUCUACGCAACAUCUGCCAUUCCCUGGAGAGUACGAUUGUGAUGUCCCUUCUCCAGCCUUCUCCAGAAACGUUCGCUCUCUUCGAUGAUGUGAUUCUGCUCUCUGAAGGUCAAGUCCUCUUCCACGGAGACAGGGCAGACGUGCUGGAGUUUUUUGAAGAUUGUGGCUUCAAGUGCCCGGAGCGGAAAGCAACCGCAGAUUUUCUGCAAGAGGUGACAUCACCGAAGGACCAGGAGCAGUAUUGGUCUAACAAGCAGCAGCCUUACCAGUAUGUUACAGUCAGUCAGUUUCGGGAGGCGUUCAGAACCAAGUUUCACGAAGGCAUUAGACUUAUGAAGGAGCUGGAAACUCCAAUGGACAAGACUGCGAGCCACAAGUCAGCCUUGUCCACCAACAGUCACCCAUUGUCAAGAAGUGACAUCUGGAGAAUCAACUUCGCCAAAGAAUGGUUGCUGAUGAGGAGAAAUGCCAAGGUGUACGUGGCGCGAUUCGUAAAAGUUUCAAUUAUCGCAACCUUGGCAUCAACCCUGUACUUCCAUUCCGAAAUGGCACGAAAUGACAUGGAAGACGCUCACCUGUAUGCGUCGGCUAUUUUCUACGGCAUUUUUACUAUGCUGAUCAAUGGAUACUCUGAGAGCGUCCUCACCAUCUUUAGGCUUCCUGUUUUCUUCAAGCAUAGAGAUUUGCUCUUUCUCCCUGCAUGGGCGUACACCGUUCCUAAGGCAAUCCUCAACACUUCUGUAUCUAUGGUGGAAGCGACACUCUGGACCGUAAUCACUUAUCAUAUCUCAGGAUUCGCCUCUGGAGAAGAGAGAUUCUUCCAGCAAUUGUUUCUAUACUUCUGGAUACACAUGAUGGCUUCUGCUUUGUUCCCUCUUGUGGCUGGAGUCUGUCGGACGAUGGUCUUGUCUGCCACGGCAGGAACUUGCACACUUUUGGUCUUCUUUGUGUGUGGAGGAUUCCUAAUCCCUCGGACUUCCUUGAAACCCUGGUGUAUAUGGGCCUACUGGUUAUCCCCGAUGUCCUUCGCUCAGAAUGGAGUCAGUGCGAUUGAGUUCCUUGCCCCUGAAUGGAACAAGACGACAGCGAACAGUCUAGACAAUUUGGGAGUUCAACACAUGAAGGCCAGCGGGCUCUAUCCAGAGACAUAUUGGUACUGGAUAGCUGUUGGAAUGAUGAUUGGAUACACUUUCUUGUUUCAGUUCCUCUUCACAAUGGCGCUCAGCUAUCUCAAACCAUUCAGCAAUCCACAGGCUAUGCUAUCUGAAGACGACUUCAAUGGGUCAGAUAUUGCACGGGGUGGGAAACUCAAAGGUGGUAGAUCCGGACCUGGCUCAUCGUUGAAGAAGCUGUCUCUCAGUCGGUCUUUCUCUUCCAACUCCAGAUACGGUCUUAUAAGUACGAACCAUGUGGAAGGAGAGGAGGCUGCAAACUCUGCUCUUGAGAUGUAUAAACGAACUCUCGCAAGAGUUUGCUCAGAAGCAAGUAUGCAUAAACAAGUCUCUGUUCGAGCCAAGCAAGGAAUGAUAUUGCCGUUCCGGCCCUUGUCAAUCAGCUUCAAGAAUAUCAGCUAUUUCGUAGACACGCCCCCUGAGAUGAAGCGGCAGGGUGCAACCAAAGCUAGGCUUCAGCUUUUAGAUAAUGUGAGUGGGUCGUUUCGACCAGGCGUUCUCACAGCCUUGGUAGGUGUUAGUGGAGCUGGUAAAACUACUCUUAUGGAUGUCCUAGCAGGUAGGAAGACAGGAGGUUAUAUAGAGGGUGACAUUUACAUUGCUGGAUUUCCCAAAGUCCAGUCCACUUUUGCCAGAAUUUCUGGAUAUUGCGAGCAAAAUGACAUCCACUCACCUCAAGUAACCAUCUAUGAGUCUCUUACGUACAGUGCCUGGCUUCGGCUACCCAGGCACGUCAAGCGUAAAGUCAAGAAGCAAUUCGUUCAGGAAAUAAUGGACUUGGUGGAACUCAGCAAUCUCAGCAAUGCGCUUGUUGGUCUUCCCGGAAUUUCUGGACUCUCAUACGAGCAGAGAAAACGGUUGACAAUUGCUGUGGAGCUGAUGGCAAAUCCGUCCAUCAUCUUCAUGGAUGAGCCAACUUCAGGCUUGGACUCACGUGCUGCCGCAAUCGUAAUGAGGACAGUGCGCAAUACAGUAGAUACUGGUCGAACUGUGGUGUGCACAAUUCAUCAACCGAGUGUUGAUGUUUUUGAAUCGUUUGAUGAGCUUCUGUUUUUGAAAACAGGAGGACAAGUGAUCUACGCUGGCUCCUUGGGAAAGAGAUCUGAGAAUCUUGUGCGCUAUUUUGAGAGUAUUGAUGGUGUACCUAUGAUACGGGAGGACUAUAAUCCAGCAUCAUGGAUGUUGGAUGUGACCAGCACAUCAUCAGAAAUUAGACUUGGCGUCGACUUUGCAGAUUUGUACAAAAAAUCUGCCCUUUUCCAAAGGAAUUUAGAGACAGUCAACGAAGCCAGGAAACUUUCACCAAACGCAACGGAUUUACGGUUUCCUACCAGAUACUCGAGGUCGUACUUGUCACAGACUUGUUCGAUCUUGUGGAAGUUCAACUUAACAUAUUGGCGGAUGCCAGCGUACAACAAUUCCAGAUUCGUUUUUACUGCUGCGUCUGCACUGAUCUUUGGCAUAGCUUUCUGGGGACUAGGGCGAGAAAGCGAAUCUGAGAAAAGUGUGUACAGCGUCAUCGGGGCCAUGUACGGCAGCACCUUCUUUCUGGGGAUAAUAAACGCAUCGACAGUGCAAUCUAUUGUUUCAACAGAGAGGACAGUGUACUAUAGAGAAAGGGCUGCCGGCAUGUACUCUUCUAUACCAUAUGGUUUAUCUCAGAUUUUGAUCGAGAUACCAUACUGUUUUCUUCAAAGUGUGAUAUACUGUUCAAUCACGUAUUCCAUGAUAGGCUUGGAGUGGACAAUCUCCAAGUUCUUCUCGUACCUGUUCUUCUAUUUCUCCGCCUACCUUAACUUCACCUUGUACGGGAUGCUUGCGGUCGGAAUAACUCCGAAUGAACAGCUCGCGUUCAUUGUAUCCACGUUUCUCUACGGAUUCUUCAAUCUGUUUGCGGGAUUUUUGAUACCCAAACCGAGAAUCCCCUGGUGGUGGGCAUGGGCUUACUGGACGUGCCCUAUAGCCUACACAAUAUAUGGACUCGUCGUCUCACAGUUCGGGGACGACCAUCAAAUCAUGACCAUGAGUGAUGGUACUGAAAUCGAGGUUUUCAACUACAUUCAUUCAAUCUGGGGUUUCGACCGAAACUUCUUUCCCAUCGCUGUCGGAGCAGUGGCAGCCUUCGGAACUGCAUUUGCCUUUCUAUUCAUUGUGUCCAUCAAAGUUCUCAAUUUCCAAUCGAGGUGAGCUGGAUGAGCAUCUUGGUGGGAUCAGAAAUUGAUGGACUAGAUCGACUGAACUGUAAAGGUAAGUAUAUGGCAGGAUUAUUAGCUUGAAACAGAUUAGCUGAAAUUUGGAAUUCUCGCAGUCUACUGCUGGAAGACUUGUUUGAGAACCAGUAAAAAAGGUGACUUGAACCCCUAGCUACAUGAGAAUCAAGAUGCAAAUGCAACAGAGGCUGGUGAAGCGGCUCCGAGAAAGUCGCAGCGACUGAUCGGCACCGGAAGCUUUGAAAGUCUGGUUGGAUUUCACUAUCAUGAGUAAAAAUAAUUUCUGAGGAAACUGAACCUCUUUGAAUCUUACCACUGCUUCACAUUUCCUGCUUGCGCUACCUUUAGUUCUGA